AUGAUCGGACCUACUCUCACUAUGCACAGCCCGACCGAUCACGGCGACCUCCUCAGCGAGAUCAGCUCCCUCCGGCUCGACAACGGCGGUAAAGAUACGGGUGGCAAGGGCACAGGGAUGGACCCUAGAAACGCGCGCGAGUUCAAGCCUUCCACUUCCCCCUACGCCCCGGGCGACCCUCCAGACCGGCGCUGCGUCAUCAACUACCUCAGCUCAGACUGUGUCAGCGUCGGCGAUCUUCACUGGUGGACGACCGAUAAGCACAUCCAGGAUACCGCGGCGCUCGCGGGGGUCAAGAUCGACCUGAAGGACAUCGUCUUCAACGAGCACAAGGUCAAUGGGAAGAGCAAAGGGUCUGUCACUGUCAACUGCCGUUCGCCCGAUAAGGCUAGCCUUUUGAUGCACUGGUUCCACCACAACGACUUCCAGGGCAAGAAGAUCCAGCCUACCUACGUCGUGAACGGCGCUGUCCCGAAACCGACCGCCUACAAUAACCCACGCCCCGCCACAAACGCCCCAGGUGCCGCUCCCUUCGCGACAAACGCCCACGGAGGCAUCAACUUCAACCGUCUUCGCCCCCUCAACAGGCAGCCGAUGCCCCAGCACAUCCAGCAUGGGCAUAUCGGGAUGGGCCGGCCUAUCAAGGGGCUGUUCCACAAGAUUGAGUCUGGCCAGCUUGGUAUUCAGGAUGGAAUGCAGUACUACGAUAUCCCUAGGCAUGUCGGAGGUGGAUACCCAGGCCCUCUGCAAAGUCACUACGCUUCAUACACGUCGGUCGACUUCGACCACCCCUCGCAGAGUAUGCACGCUACCUCUGCUGGUCUGCCUUACGGUGAGGGUAUGAGCUUCAGGUAG